AAACAGCAGCAUCCCAUCUGUGCUGCAUCCUCACCACAGCCCCACAGUGAGCAAUGCUGGCCUUCCUCAUCCUCACCAUGGGGCUGCUGCCUGCCCACACCACCGGGUCCCCCACCUGUACCCCUCUGGUCCCUGCCGACAUGGACAAUGCAACAGUGAACAGGCUGCUGGGGCACUGGGUGUACAUCAUGGGUGCCUCCCAGUACCCCCCACACAUGGCUGAGAUGAAGGAGCUGAAGUAUGCGACCUUCACCCUCUUCCCCGGCAGGAAUGAGGAUGAGUUCAAUGUGACGGAGAUUAUGAGGCUGAAUGAAACAUGUGUGGUAAGGAACACCAGCAAGAUCCAUGUCUACCGGCACAACUCCACGCUGGCACAUGAGGAAGGGCAAGAGGUGUCCAUGGCCGAGCUGAUCCACAGCGACAAGGAUCUGUUCAUCCUGAAGCACUUCAAGGAUAACCACGUGGGCUUGAGCCUCUCAGCACGGACAGCCGAGGUGACCAAAGAGCAGCUGGAGGAAUUCGAAGCCCAACUGCGCUGCCACGGCUUCAAGCUGGAGGAGGCUUUCAUCACCUCCCCCAAGGAUGCCUGUCCUGAAGCCGGCGAGGAGAUGGGUGAAGGCAGCACGGCCACUGCAGAGCCACGGCUGGGGUGAGCCCACAUCCCCCCCUGCACUCCGCUCCACCAUGGGAUGCCCCAAUGAGGAUUUAUGUCUUCCAACGAGGACUUCACGAUGCCCUUCGCAGAAGGGAUUUGUUGCUUUUCUGUUCUCACGUGGACUUGGAAUAAAGCUGUGUGUGACACCCA